ACCCUUGCCGCGGGGCCGUAAAGCGCGGAAGGUCGCGGGCCCGUGCAGUCCCGGAACUCACCGCUCUGCGUCCCGUCCCCUCCUCAUGCCGCGUCCCCCUUCCUGGCCAGCGCAGACCCUCUUCAGCCGUUGUGCUGCCCUCCGCUUCCGCCGGGCGUCGUUGGACGCGUUGCGCCUCUUGCGGGCCCCUGAGUUUGGAUUCUUUGGAUCUUCUCAAUUGAGUGGAAACAUAUCUCUCAGUUGGUGAUGCUUUACCGGUUACUGUCCAUUGUCCAAAGACAAAGAACUAGCCCAGGAUGGCAGACCUGGUCAUCAGCAAGAAACAGCACAUCAGUUGCCGAGUCACAUUCUAUCACUCUGCCUGCCCAGGCCCAGGUGGUCAUCUGUGGGGGUGGAAUCCUGGGUACAUCCGUGGCCUAUCACCUCUCCAAAAUGGGGUGGCAGGAUAUUGUCCUUUUGGAGCAGGGCAGGCUGGCUGCUGGCUCGACAAGGUUCUGUGCUGGCAUCUUAAGCACUGCUAGACAUUCAAGCAUUGAACAGAAGAUGGCAGACUAUUCAAACAAACUCUAUAGUCAGUUAGAGCAAGAAACAGGGAUCCAAACAGGUUACUUAAGGACAGGCUCAAUCUCUCUGGCUCAAACUCAGGACCGGUUGAUCUCUCUGAAGCGUAUCAACUCAAGGCUGAAUGUUGUAGGUAUCCCUUCUGAGAUCAUCUCCCCGAAGAAAGUGGCUGAACUUCACCCUCUCCUCAAUGUGCACGAUCUGGUGGGGGCCAUGCAUGUUCCCGAAGAUGCUGUAGUGUCCUCUGCUGAUGUGGCUCUCGCCCUGGCAAGUGCUGCCUCCCAGAAUGGUGUUCAGAUUUAUGACAAGACAAGUGUUCUUCAUGUAUUGACCAAAAAAGGUCAAGUUACUGGAGUGGAGACAGAUAAAGGGCAGAUUGAAUGCCAGUAUUUUGUCAACUGUGCUGGUCAGUGGGCAUACGAGCUGGGUCUGUCCAACGAGGAGCCCGUCAGUAUCCCGCUGCAUGCCUGUGAGCACUUCUACCUUCUGACUCGUCCCCGGGAAACCCCUCUGCAGAGCAACACACCAACUAUUGUGGAUGCUGAUGGAAGAAUUUACAUUAGGAACUGGCAGGGUGGCAUCUUGUCUGGAGGCUUUGAGAAAAACCCAAAACCUAUUUUUACUGAGGGCAAGAACCAGUUGGAAAUUCAGAACCUAAGGGAAGAUUGGGAUCACUUUGAGCCCCUGCUGAGUUCCCUCCUGCGUAGGAUGCCAGUGUUGGAGACUCUGGAGAUUUUGAAGUUGGUGAAUUGCCCUGAGACCUUCACCCCAGACAUGAAGUGCAUCAUGGGCGAGUCUCCUGUAGUACAGGGCUACUUUGUCCUGGCAGGGAUGAACUCUGCUGGCCUGUCGUUGGGUGGAGGAGCUGGAAAGUUCCUUGCUGAAUGGAUGGUAUAUGGUUAUCCCACUGAAAAUGUCUGGGAAUUGGAUUUGCAGCGCUUUGGAGCCCUCCAGAGCAGCCGCACCUUUCUGCGUCACCGGGUCAUGGAAGUCAUGCCUCUGAUGUAUGAUCUGAAGGUUCCCCGAUGGGACUUCCAGACUGGGAGACAGUUACGUACAUCUCCUCUUUAUGACCGGCUGGAUGCUCAAGGAGCCAGAUGGAUGGAGAAACAUGGAUUUGAGAGGCCAAAGUACUUUGUUCCCCCCAAUAAAGACCUUCUUGCAUUGGAGCAGAGCAAGACUUUCUACAAGCCAGAUUGGUUUGAUAUUGUGGAGUCUGAAGUCAAGUGCUGUAAGGAAGCUGUGUGUGUCAUUGACAUGUCUUCUUUCACAAAGUUUGAAAUAACUUCCACUGGUGAUCAGGCAUUAGAAAGUCUGCAGUACCUUUUCUCCAAUGACCUGGAUGUGCCAGUAGGCCACAUUGUACACACUGGCAUGCUCAAUGAGUGUGGAGGGUACGAGAAUGACUGCAGCAUUGCACGCCUGAACAAACGCAGUUUCUUCAUGAUCUCUCCAACUGACCAGCAAGUCCACUGUUGGGCCUGGCUUAACAAGUAUAUGCCAAAAGACAGCAACUUGCUGCUAGAGGACGUCACCUGGAAAUAUACAGCCCUCAAUCUGAUUGGCCCUCGGGCUGUGGAUGUGCUGUCUGAAUUGUCCUAUGCCCCUAUGACUCCAGACCACUUUCCAACUCUGUUUUGCAAGGAGAUGAGCGUGGGCUAUGCAAAUGGGAUCCGAGUGAUGAGUAUGACCCACACGGGAGAGCCAGGCUUCAUGCUGUACAUCCCCAUAGAGUAUGCUCUGCAUGUCUACAAUGAAGUGAUGAGUGUUGGACAGAAGUAUGGAAUCCGGAAUGCUGGGUAUUAUGCUCUUCGAAGUCUCCGAAUUGAGAAGUUUUUUGCCUUCUGGGGGCAAGAUUUAAACACCCUCACCACCCCACUGGAAUGCGGAGGAGAGUCUCGAGUGAAGUUAGAGAAGGGCAUAGACUUCAUUGGUCGGGAUGCCCUGCUGCAGCAGAAGCAGAAUGGGGUGUAUAAACGCCUUGCUAUGUUCAUCCUGGAUGACCACGACACAGACCUAGACUUGUGGCCUUGGUGGGGAGAACCCAUUUACCGGAAUGGGAAGUAUGCUGGCAAGACCACCAGUAGUGCCUAUAGCUACACUCUUGAGCGCCAUGUAUGCCUGGGUUAUGUACACAAUUUUUCUGAGGACAAUGGGGAAGAGCAGGUGGUGACAGCGGAUUUCAUCAACCGAGGAGAAUAUGAAAUUGACAUUGCAGGACAUCGGUUUCAGGCCAAGGCCAAGCUCUACCCAGUUACCUCCUUUUUUACUCACAAGCGUAGAAAGGAUGAUGUGGAGCUGAGUGACUUUCAUGGGAAAUAAUGCCAAGUAAUGCAGUCUCCUUUCUCCCAUCCUCGUGAGGAGCAGCAUUCUGGGAACUUUUUUCUCUGUCCCUGUCUCCUUACUAAAGGUACCUUUGUCUUCUCUCUUAACGUCAAUGGCCCGCUUUACACUUUUUCCUUGAAAGCCAUUUUUGUCCUCCCAUUUCCUUUUCCUUUGCUGUUGCCCCUCCUGACAAUCCAGGCUCUUUUCGUCCCUCCAGAGACUCACAUUCCCACAGUGGAAGGCAGGAGUCACUUGUGGAGUUAAGGUGACAAACUCAUGUUUAAAUUCAUCUUAAGGCAAGUUGGCAUUACUCGAGUCAUGUGCUGCUCUUGGUAGACUGCUGUGUCUGGUGUGCCUGGGAGCAGCACGCACCGCAAGCAGGCAGAAGGCUCUGUUUCACUGUGCUGCCGGUUACCACCUGAUACCUCUCAACCAUCUACCUCACUGAUGAGAGGGAUUGCACGGACACUGUCUGCUCUGUGGGAGGGACAGUAGUUAGCCUGGCCUCUCCAACUUUGUUCUUGGAUGUUUGGGCCGGGGCAACCUGCCUGCAGUUCUCUUUAUUUUCUGCUAUUUUGUAUAAUGAGGUUGGUUGUUUUUUAGCUGAGUAAACAAGUAUGCCAGUAUUUGAAAGGAAAAAACCAAACCAAACCCAUGUUGCCUUUGGUGUUGCUUUUCUCAGCAGGAGCGGUGUGAACUCAGAUGUCGAGUUCCUACUGUUAGAAGAGUGUUGCUUUUCUUUCGGCUACUCAUAGGUCAGCUAGCUAUCCCUUCUUGAUUUUCUUCAGAUGGCUUCUCGCCUCACCUGUGCCUUGUGUAGCCUGCCUAUGACCUCAACAUUCAUUCCUAUCCCUUUAGAAGAGGGAGAAGGGAUUAGGUGGGUUGUCUUGGGUGAGUAAGUAAACCAUGCUGUUCGUACAUGGUUCCAGAGAGCUACCAGAGACUCAAGUUUUACAUCUGGCAUGAACAAAGCCACACAGAGAUGGCCAUUGAGAGCUGUAAGUACAAUGCAGGCCAGAGACUGCUUCCCAUCUUUUCUUUACAGGUUCCACCCCCUCCCCCACAGAACCUUUGGAAUAGAAAGUGACUGGGGCACCCACCAAAUGCACUACACAAUUCAGUGAUACUGCUGUUUUCAUUCUGUGAUAUGGUUUCCUCAUUGGAGCUCAGGCUGGCCUCACAUUUGCAGUGCCUUUGCUUUAGUCUCCGGAGUACUAGGACUCAGGUGUUGUGACAGUCUGUUUUCUGAAAGUGAAACUUGGAUGUGACAGGCUAUGCUAUGUAACACCAACACUUAGCUUUCUCUUGUAUACAAACUGACCUAGUCUGGAUUUGAGAACCUUUAAUUCAACUGUAGUUCUCAGUAACUUGGAAGCAUUGGUUCUGCUAAAUUUACAUUAAUAGAAAUCUUUCAUUUCUUUAGAGCAGCUCAAAAUUCCCAAGUGUCUCUUUGGCAUUACUGUAGGGCCUGUUAUCCAUUCAGACUAGUUCUUUUUGCACUUUUCUUGUUAUUUUCUCCAGAUAGGCCACUCCUACUUGGCUUCUGACAAAAUUUAAUUGGUUUAUUAAAAGGGCACAGUCAGAGUUUAGUGUGAGGGGAGAUUGCUAUUUUGGAGGAUAUGUGUAUUUAAUGAGACGAGAGGCACUGUUUCUAGGCAAAGGGAAGAAAGGAGACAUGCGGGUUGGAGAGAUGGCUCAGAGGUUAAGAGCACUGACUGCUCUUCCAGAGGUCCUGAGUUCAAUUCCCAGCAACCACAUGGUGGCUCACAACCAUCGGUAAUGAGACCUGGUGCCCUCUUCGGGCCUGCAGACAUACAUGCAGGCAGAAUACUAUAUGUUAAAUAAAUAAAUAAAUCUUAAAAAACAAAAAAAAGAAGAAAGGAGACAUGCUUCACUAGAAAGCUUCGAGGCAGCAGCAGCAGGAACAGUGGAGAUCAAGAGCCGGCCUGGGCUGACCUGUGAAGCUGGAGUAGAGACGCGCUGCUCUUUCAUGUGCAGCUGUGACGAUCCCGUCUGUGAAGGAAAGCUUAGUUGGAAUUAAAUACAAAAGAAAAUUUUGACCUAUGUGUUGAUAGUAAAAAUGUGGUAGCAAACUUGCUCUUUAACUGUCGGAAGUGUUACCACUUUGCUUCCAAAUGGGGAGGAGGGUGGCACCUUCCAAAACAGUAGUAGUUUAAAAUUGGGCAUAGUACACCAUUCAAAUACAUACGGAUGUCAUCUAGAGUAUUUUCAGCAUAGACUGAUUCCUUCCUGCACUUGUUCAUCUCUGGCUACUUAAUUAACUGUCCUUUCUAAGUAGGCGGGAACUGCUGUAUUUAAAAUUACACAGCAACUUUCUUGGUAAAUCUUCAGCUAGAAGUUGUAGCUGUUGCUGAUAUCAGCCCUUUGAGCUUACAGAAAGUGCUUAUCUUGCUGGGAAGGCGUUAGAGGGACUGAGAGUGGGGUACAUGGGCCUAUUUAGAAAUGCCUCCCCCAGGGGCUCAUGGUCCUAUUCCUUCAACUGUGAUUAGGUGUUGGGUUUUCUGUGCUGCCGCUUGUUUACUGUGUACUCCAAAACAAACUUACAUUAGGCGCAAAAUACAUCCUUAAGAGUUUCACUUGGUCCAUUCAAACAUAAAUAAUGCAAAUCUUACUUCCCAUUUUGCCCUGAUACAAGUGCUUUAAAUAGACAGAUCUCUUCCACUAACCCUGAAGUUUUUCUUAUGCUUCUUGUUAUAAGCACCUUAGAUAGUCGAGGGGACCAUUUAACCUAAAACACCUGACCCACCAGUGUUGGUAGAGCAUUCUGGACUCUUCAGGAACAAAUGCAGGUUGUUAACAGAAAUACUAGGUCUAGAGCAGUGGCUCUCAACCAGUAGGUUCCAAGGGGUCAAAUGACCCUUUCACAGGAGUCGUUGCCUAAGACCAUCGGAAAACACAGAUGUUUACAUUCAUAACAGUGCAAAGUUGCAUUUGUGAAGUGGCAACGAAAAUAACUAUGGUUGGAAGUCAUCACGAAAUGAGGAACUGUACUAAAAGGUCACAGCAUUAGGAAGGUUGAGAACCACUGGUCUAGAGGCAUUUGAAAAUCCACAAAGAACAGUCACUGUACAUCUUCAGUUGUGUGACAUUUCCAACUCUUAGACAGUGGGGCUACCUUGGCUUACCUUGUAUGACAGUACUCUCAGGGGGUAGCCUGUUAGCUGUAAGGGAUUGUAAACGCUUCAGCUUUAGAUGAUAGAUUCUCCAAUCUGUUGUCACAUCUACUUUCCAGAGAUGAGGCAUUCCAUGUUCUCUUUGAUUGUGGUAGCAAUGAAAUCUUCUUUAACAAGGUAACAAAGUAUAUUAAAGGCCUAAGGUUGGGCGUUUUCUGUGAACCUUCUUGAACGAUCUAUCAUUAAGGCUUUCUUUUCCUCUUACUUGUUCUUUACACAUGCAAGGCCUGUUUCUCAGUACUACCAUAGUCAUUUGAAAUAUACUCAAGCUUGUAACAGAGAGUUCCCUUCCAUGUAUAGGUACUGAGCUUACAAAAAGGGACAAGGAGAAACAGCUUGGUUAGUCUUAAUUAUAAGCACACCUCGCUGAAAUUUUAGUUCUUCCUAUGUCCCUAUAGGGUCAUCUAACACAGUACUAAACCCAAUUUCUGUUAAGUCUCCAAGAGCCCAUUUAUGCAACAGUGGAGUACAAGCACUGCAGCUUGCCUUCUGUUGGGAAGUAUGCUAGCUCUGGCCUCUCUCUGUGUCCCAAAAAAGUAACUAAAUAUGAAAAGCAGACUUAGAGAUUUUAGUAUUAUACUGCCCUGUCUUUGGAUUUGGGUGGCAGUGGCAAUAUGAGUUACAAAUAGCAGGAAUUGCUAAAGGUUUGCUUUGCUUCACGAAGACUCACUGAUUAUCCUCUAGCUUAUGAACACAUUUGCUAGCAUCUGAAAAGAUCUUCACCGUCCUUAUGCCUCACAGUAUUGGUACUAGCCCUGGAAGACUGUCAUGGAAGAGCAGUUACAUCAUCAUGUUUGUAGGGAUGAACUACAAAUUUCAUCCUUGUAUAUCCCUUACUUGGCCCGAGGUUACAGAUUUAUCAUUUUAGGAUAAUGAAGAAUGACUUGUCAUUUUUCAUUGUCUGCAUCCCAACACCCCCAUCUCACAUGUUGGUAAAUAGUACCAUAGUGUCAAGACAAUACAGGUACAUUUUCUUUUUUUUUUUUUUUUGGUUUUACGAGACAGGGUUUCUCUGUAUUGCUUUGGAGGCUGUCCUGGAACUCACUCUGUAGACCAGCCCGGCCUCGAACUCACAGAGAUCUGUCUGCCUCUGCCUCCCGAGUGCUGGGGUUAAAGGCGUGCGCCACCAACGCCCGGCUCAGGUACAUUUUCUUAUGGCUGAUGAAUGCUCAUCUUCUGCUUACAUCUGUAGGCACAUAGAUUGAGAAGCUGGUGAGUAGGGAAGUGUGUCUGAGCUAUAGCUAUGCCUGUGUGCAUGUCAGAAAUGGCAAGUGAGCUGUGGGCUGCUUUGGCAGCACCUCUCCUCUUCCUCUGCCUCCAUUACUUUUGGUCUCCAAGGUGCUGAUCUGUAAGCCCCCCAUUUUCAUGUCAAUAUGGGGCUUUGUCCUGCAGUUCCUCAACAGUACCAACCAACAAGGCUGGCUCUCACACAGCUUUGCCUUCUCUUGGUAUGUUAAACAUCAGCAUUUUCUCUGUAGAAGCUCUUGGUCUCUCUCGGCAACUGUCCACAUCUGAAUGAUGAUAUACAUUUUCCUCGUUUUAAUUCACCUGUUUUUAAUCUUUGCAAACAUCUACCUCCUUGUCCUCUUGUCUGAAGGACAGAUUACAAGAGGAGGGGGAGUUACCUUUAUCAUGUUUCAGAAGGUCUGUACCAGGAUUUCCUUUGCACACCAAGAUCUGAAGCUUAGAGUACUUCUCUCAGCCUAGUUCUAGUGCCUUACACUCCAGAGUGUCCGGUAGUGGGCCGAGGUGGGAAGAAAGCAGAAUGUUCAGUCGGGGUUCUCAUCAUCCACAUCAGCCCUCCUUCCUCAGAAUAACCUGGGUGUGGGUAAAAAGUUCUGCAGCUCAUUUCACUGGAAGCUUUUCUAGUUCAUAAUUAACUCUGAUCAGUGCUUAAGAAACAUAGAACACCACUGUAGUUACUAUAGAGUUCUGUAAACUUGCAUUUAGUGUGGUUCUGCUCAGCUCCUUUCUGUUCCUGUGUAGUGUCAGCAUGUGGUCCUGAGGACAUUCUAGAUACUGGAGUAAAUAAGAACUUUUCUCAAUCGCAGACUCAGCUGACUUUGGACACAUGGGGUAACUGUGCUUUUUAGGCCAGAUUUCAGUUGAGAUUUUCUUUUCAUGUAUAAGUUAUAUAAAUGAAUAAAAAGAUGUUUCUGUUAA